UUCGGAGGGUUUUUAUUUAUUAUUUCUGUCGGGAGUUUUAGCAUAGGAGAGGGAACACCUCUUAACUCUCGGCCCCUUUUGCUAUCGGCCCCUUUUGGAGAUUAGGGUAUAAAACCAUUAGAGCAGAGGCGACAAAGAAAGUGCCUGCUAUUGCUGUUUGAGCGUCAGAGAGUGGAAAAAAGGAUGCGUCGGAGACCCAACACCACUCUCUCGACAGCUAAACCAUCUAGCGAUGAUGAAAAACCAUCUUCAAGAGAAGUUGAAGAUCAAAGACCGAAACGGUCAGCAUUUUUGUGGCUGGCAUUAUUUGUCCUCCUCCUCAAUGGCUCAUGGGCAGUCUACCAUUUUCAAUUUGAGAAGCUCCCUUUGCCUCUCAGUACCGAGAAGGCAGGUAAACGUGGCUUCUCAGAAGCAUCAGCAAUGGAGCAUGUCAAGUAUUUGACAAAAUUUGGUCCUCAUCCUGUUGGUUCAGAUGCUCUUGAUCUUGCAUUGCAGUAUGUAUUUGCAGCAUCAGAAAAGAUUAAGGAAACAGCUCAUUGGGAGGUUGAUGUUCGAGUGGAUUUCUUCCAUGCAAAGAUUGGUGCAAGUCGUCUUGCCAGUGGUCUUUUUAAGGGCAAGACACAUGUCUAUUCAGAUCUGAAACAUGUAGUCUUGAGAAUCUUGCCUAAGUAUUUACCAGAAGCGGAAGAAAAUGUGAUUCUCGUUUCUUCUCAUAUUGACACAGUUUUUGCAACGGAAGGAGCCGGCGACUGCAGUUCAUGUGUAGGUGUGAUGUUGGAGCUUGCUCGAGGGAUAUCUCAAUGGGCUCAUGGAUUUAAGAACGGUGUCAUCUUCGUUUUUAAUACUGGAGAGGAAGAAGGUCUUAAUGGUGCUCACAGCUUUAUUACACAGCAUCCAUGGAGUAGAGCAAUUCGUUUUGUAAUUGAUUUGGAGGCUAUGGGGAUUGGGGGGAAGUCUAGCUUAUUUCAGGGUGGCUCUGCUCCCUGGGCUAUUGAAACUUUUGCCAAGGUAGCAAAAUACCCAUCUGGUCAAAUCAUCGCACAGGAUCUCUUUCUCUCUGGAGCUGUAAAAUCUGCAACAGAUCUUCAAGUGUAUCAAGAAGUUGCUGGUCUAUCUGGACUUGAUUUUGCAUAUUCAGAUGCUACUGCAGUUUAUCACACAAAGAAUGACAAAUUAAAACUUCUGAAGCCAGGAUCUCUUCAACAUCUUGGAGAAAAUAUGCUGGCAUUUUUGCUUCAUACUGCUAGGUCAUCGAGAUUUCAGAAAGAAGCAGGAGUGGAGAGGGAAGGAGGCACCGGUCAAACCCAGGCUAUCUAUUUUGAUGUUCUGGGCAAGUACAUGGUUGUAUACACCCAACGCUUUGCAAGCAUGCUUCAUAACUCAGUGAUACUGCAGUCGCUUCUAAUAUGGAUAACAUCAUUGCUUAUGGGUGGUUAUCCUGGCGCUAUAUCAUUUGGAUUGUCAUGUUUGAGCAUAGUUCUCAUGUGGAUAUUUUCCCUUAGCUUAACAAUUCUAGUUGCAUUUAUCAUACCUCUUAUGUCUACCUCUCCUGUUCCAUAUAUUGCAUAUCCAUGGUUAGUCAUUGGCUUGUUUGGCGCACCUGCAAUACUUGGGGCAUUAACUGGCCAACAUGUGGGUUUUUUCUUUCUUAAGAAAUAUCUGCGUCAUGUUUAUAAGAAGAGAGUGCCCAGGCUAUCUCACAAUGUUCAAGAAAAUUUAAUAGAGUGGGAGGCUGAAAGGUGGCUUUUUAAAUCUGGUUUUAUUCAAUGGCUAAUCCUUCUCGUUGUGGGAAACUUUUUUAAGGUUGGGUCUUCCUUCUUAGCACUCAUUUGGCUAGUUUCACCUGCUUUUUCCUAUGGUCUUAUGGAGGCAACGCUGUCUCCUUCGCGGUUACCAAAGCAGCUCAAAAUUAUUACUUUAAUUCUGGGUUUGGCCAUGCCUGUUUUAGUUUCUGCUGGUAUGAUUAUUCGGUUGGUAGGGACCAUAAUUGGGGUUUUUGCCCGGUUUGAAAGGAGCCCUGGAAGUGCACCUGAUUGGCUUGGGAGUCUGAUAGUUGCUAUAUUCAGUGCUGCUGUUGUUUGUCUUAUGCUGGUUUACCUUCUUUCCUACAUUCAUCUUUCAGGUGCAAAAGGAUUGGUUAUUUUUGCAAUGUGUACACUGCUUGCUCUCACACUUACUGCUGUAUCAACUGGCAUUUUCCCAGCAUUUACAGAGGACAUCUCUCGGGCUGUCAAUGUUGUGCAUGUUGUUGACGCAACAGGAAGAUAUGGAAACCAAGACCCAGCAUCAUUUGUUUCUUUAUUUUCUGCAACUCCUGGUAAACUGACAAAGGAAGUUGAAAAUCUGAAAGAUGAAGAAUUUGCAUGUGGAAAGAACAAGACUCUCGAUUUUGUUACCUUUACCGUCAAUUAUGGCUGUUGGAGUUCCAAGGAUAGUAAUAAUGGAUGGAGUAAAUUGGACAUUCCAGAACUCCAUGUUGAAAGUGAUUCUAUGUCAGAUAUUAGAAAAACAAGGGUUUUGAUUGAUACUAAACUGGCUACACGUUGGUCGCUUGCAGUCAAUAGAGAAGAAAUCAGUGACUUCACAUUUGAAGUCGAUUCAGAAGAACUGGUUCCAUCGGGUCACAAGAGCAUGGUUGAUGGAUGGCAUAUCAUCCAGUUUUCAGGUGGCAAGAACUCACCAACAAAAUUCCACUUGAAUCUUUUCUGGUCAACCAAUACUAUUCAUCCUUCGCAAAAGGCGUACAAACAAGCAGAGGAUACUGCUUCUCUCCUAUUAAAACUGAGGACAGAUGUAAACAUGGUGACACCAAAAGUAGAGAGGGUGCUUCAGAAGCUUCCACAUUGGUGUUCCCUCUUCGGUAAAUCCACUUCACCAUAUACAUUGGCUUUCUUGACUGCUCUUCCUGUUCAAUUUUAGUCAGACUUGAUGCUAUAAGUUCCACUUGGAGGGAUGUUUGAAGAUGAAAAUGUGCAGUCCAUUUCCUAACUCAGUUCAUGGUUAUAUUGUCGUAAAAUUUUGACAGUCGUAUUGAGCUGCAAGCUGCUUAUUUAUAGUCUGUACCGUCUCUUUCCAAUUGAGUUGUAUUUGUUAGUAUGUCUAAUGAUACUGUAUGCUGUUGGCGUACAUUGAAGUAUAUUUUCAAUGAAAUAAACAUGGUUAUUCUGCAGCAGUUUAAUAAUAA